AGAUAGCGUUAACACUCAAGGUUAAUCAUAUCGGGUGAAGCGUGGGGAGCUACUUUAUGUUUUAAUAUUAGCCCAUGACGUUUGCCAAAUUAAUUAACAAGAGAGCCCAAACAUCACAGAAACAAACGUCAAGUCGUCUGCUAACUUUAAGCAAUGCUAGCACCUAGAAUUAGCAACACGUAUACGUUAUUAGCAUGAAGUUAUUCGACAGAAACGGUGAAAUGAAGGACGAGUGAGCUAACGUUAACUAAGUUAGGCUGACAGCUCUAAGUUAAGCUACAGGAAAGUGAAACCAUGACGGUGACAUCAAGUAACAUGUUAAAGCCAGCAGUUACAGCGCCACCAUGGGGUUUCUACUGUCUAAAUCCAUGGAUGCAAACUUUAAAAAGCAGCAAGAAUUUAUGCUCCACAAUGCAAGGCUGCAGAUGGAGCGUCAGAUCGUGAUGCAGAACCAGAUGAGAGAGAGACAGAUGGCGAUGCAAGUUGCCUGGUCCAGAGAGUUUCUCAAAUACUAUGGGACUUUCUUUACGUUGGCUACAGUUGGACUAACUGUAGGUGCCAUUAAAAGAAGGAAGCCAUUCCUAUUGGCUCCCAUCGUUCCUCUGGGCUUCAUAAUGGCCUACCAGGUGGACAGUGCCUAUGGGACAUUUAUUUAUCGAGUGAGAGGGGAGGCUGAGAGUAUCAUGACGUCUGACCACGACCGCCUGGACUUGCCUCAUGGGACUCCAACUUUCGAAAGCAUAGAGAAAGCUCGCCGCGCUAGAAGCAACCUCGCCUCCUUCCUGGAGAAAUGAAGUGUUGUUUAUCUUUACAACACAUCAUCCACGUCCAGUCGAUGCAUUCACCAUUCUGCUUUAUGCUGCUUUGACAUUAUUGAGUCUAUGGUUUGCACUAAUUCUAUAUCAUGGACCUUGAUACUGCCAAUUGAACCCUCAGAAGAUACAAAUGUUUAGAAUUAUUUUUAAAGAUGAAAUACUUAAUUUUUUCAAUUCCAGAAGAUAUUUAAACCAGCGCAGCUCCAUCUCGUUUAAAAAUUGCAUUAUGGGAAAGUCAGUUAGCAUGCUGGUCUGGUUUGCCUAUAUUUUGUCCUUUUUCCAUUCUGAAAACACCUAAAGAGCGGCUUAGCCUCAGUUUGUUGUACAUCAUUUGCACCUGGCAAACAUCUUAAUAUGUUGUGUUUAAGCAAGAUGUUUGACCACUAGAGGGCAGAAAAUACUUUGUGAUAUUAAGCUAUAGAAAUACAAUUUGGUUGAUUAAUUAAUUUGCCAGGGCUGGAUAAUCAAAGCAGCUACAAAGAAUAAUCAACGCUACCGACAUGCGUCCUGAAGAUUAUUGUUACUUCACACUCUAUCACUAAAUGGUUUGUUCGUGGUUUCUGAAAAGUUUAUUUGCCAAUUUCGAAUUUGAUUGCGAAGAAGCUUUACACCAAAGCUUUAGUUGGCAUUGUUGCACCUGUAACUUUUAUUUGUAUGAUCACAACUGUAUUCAGUGGAUGUAAAAUAUAACACAGUGCUGAUAUUUAUGAAUUGUGCAUUUGCCAUCAUUUUAACUCAUGUAUGACAUCAUGGAAACUAUUUUUGGUAAUCAAAUAAAAAGAAAUAUUGCCAAGAC